AUGAUUACGCUGCUGGAGGUCGCCAUGCUUGCCGUGGUGAAGGAAACUCAGGGCAGUUCUACUAAGUACACCCCAGCCCCUGUACCCGUGGAAGGAAUUCUUGAAGUUGGCGCAGCAUCGAAGAACUACUCAGGCGAGAGUGCUAUCCGCUGUACAAGUCGGGCUGUACAGGGUAACAUUUCCUACCCAGCCAUGUGCAUGCACAGCAGCGGCGGGUACUGUCUGCUGCUGGGCUCGGCGACCUUGUUCAACCGAACUUAUUCCAGUUCCACUGACUACAACUGCUACGUUCCGGAAAAGAAUCCUGCGUUUGAAGGCCAGUCCUGCCCUAACCAAUUCGACUGGGUUGCGGACGUUGGUUGUGUUGUUGUGGUAAAGACCGGUAUGACGUACGACGUCGCCCAAGCCUCGUGCCCUGGAGGCUCCAAGCUCGUCUCUCUCACCAGCGACAACUUCUUCAACCUCACUGACUACGUCUACCGAACGGCCCACAAGCCUUCUGGCAGUAGUUUUGGCUACUACCAUGUUGGCCUACACCGCUACAACCUCGUGUGGACUUGGCGCACAGGCCAGGUCAUGUCCGGCGUGCCUGGCACGGGAGUAUGGGGAAGUAUUGACCCCAAUGACAACACGGACUGUGCGUUCCUCGUCUUCACUUCAUCUUCGCCUUCCGCCCUGUUUGACAUGCCGUGCUCGACUACUGCAUGGAUUGUGUGUGCACUGCAGUAGGUAGGAAAUGACCGAUGCGAUUAUUUGGCAAUUGCCAGAACAAAAGUAAAGCCAUGGCCGACACAACGAACAAUACUAACUUGCACACCAACGCACAACGAUAGACGCAAUAAUGCGUCAAUGAAAAAAUAACAGAGCAGAGAGAGAGUAUCCACCAGUGCAGUAAUGACAGGAUCAACACUUCAAAGAUGGUUGUUGCAUGUUGCGUCAAGCAACAUGCCUCGAACCGUCCGUACACCAAACGCGCACCUGCGCGGUAGGCAGAAUAGGAGCGAGCGAGCGACCGGCAGGCUACAGCCACUCGGGCUCGGAUGGCUGCUUUCAGAAAUCGUGGGAGUGAUGCUUUCUUCAUAGCGUGUUUCGGCUGGUGAGUUAGAGUGAAUA